AUGCGUGCUUACCUUCCUGUUUCACUACGCAUAGAUCAAACUUUAUUCAUCAGGGAUACUAAGCUUAAGGUAACUUUGUGGGGUCAUAAUGCAUACUACAUGCAUGAUUUUCUUGCUAACAAUAAUAGUCUUGCUCCAAUUGUUGUUAUUGUUCAAUUUGCCAAAGUGGAGUUUAUUAAUGAUCGUCCUUUUACAUCCACUUACUUUGAUGUUAGUAGGUUGUUCGUAAACAAUGAUAUCGAUGAAAUUACAAUCUACAAAAACAAAUUGAUAUCUGAAAAUGGACAACAACUUUCAUCAAGUGGAAUCAAGAUGAUUGCAUCAAAACAAGACACGGAACACGAUGACUUUCUGAAAAAUAAUUUGUUUUCGAAUAUUGAUAAUGUGUUUGAACCUUUGGAGGGAAUACGUCAAAACAUACGUUGGUAUUACCUUGCUUGUAGCAACUGCAAAAAGCCAGCAAAACAAAAAGAGUCUUCUACUGAUAAGGUUGAUGGUUCUCAUGAAGUGGUUGAAAUCGUUACUUAUGAAUGUGCUAAUCCUAAAUGCAAAAAUAUCAAAAUUUCGGUUAUUCCAAGAUUUAAAAUCCCACUUCGGGUUCAAGAUAACACAGGAACCUUAACUUUAACCUUAUUUGAUCGCAAAGAACUUGGCAUCAAUUUGGAUUUGUAUCCAAUGGAGUUGAAAGUUGUGGUGGACAAAAAGUUGGCGAUUAAAAUUGAUAUCUCAAGUUACAAUGUCACUAAUAAAAGUAAUAUUUAUGGGAUAUCAAGAUUAACCGAUAAUGCAGACAUAAUUGAUCAACUGGAAAAAAAGAAUAUUAUUCCACAUCCUGCUAAUUCGGAUUCAUUCAUGAUUGGUUCUUCAGAUAUUGGUUCCCAAGAGACCAAAGUUGUCAAGACAGGUGACAAUUUAACACCUUGUGCCAAGGACAACUCAACUGCAACAAGUCCUACAAAGUUCAUUUCUACACCAACUGAGUUGAAAAGAAACCUUGCUACAUGCAUAGAUCUUGAUGAAAUGGAGAAUUUGUCAACAUCUAAGUCUGCUCAAUUGUUACCACCGGAUGAACAACCAAUGCCUCUUUUGGUCCCCAAGAAAUAA